GAGAGAGAGUGAAUGAUGGCGUCGUCGUCGAGCGGCGGCGUUCCUCCGGGCUUCCGGUUUCAUCCCACCGAUGAAGAGCUUUUGCAUUACUACUUGAAGAAGAAGGUUUCGUUUCAGAAAUUUGAUAUGGAUGUUAUUAGAGAAAUUGACUUGAAUAAGGUUGAGCCAUGGGAUCUUCAAGAGAGAUGUAACAUUGGAUCCACACCGCAAAAUGAGUGGUACUUCUUUAGCCACAAAGACAGGAAGUACCCAACGGGUUCAAGGACGAACAGAGCGACAAACGCCGGUUUUUGGAAGGCAACUGGGAGAGACAAAUGCAUCCGUAACACUUUUGAGAAGAUUGGUAUGAGGAAAACCCUUGUGUUUUAUCGUGGACGUGCUCCCCAUGGUCAAAAGACUGAUUGGAUCAUGCAUGAAUAUCGACUAGAAGAUAACGAUGAUCAUCAUGAUCCCCUCAAUCCCUCUCUCACAUCUCCUGAAGAUGGAUGGGUAAUUUGCAGGGUGUUCAAGAAGAAGAAUUUGUUCAAGGUUGGAGGAAGCGAAGGAUCGAGAGGUAGCAUUGGGUCCGAUCAACUUAACCAUGGUUCAAGCCAACCCGGUUCAUUUUCACACGCCAACCAUCACUACUUAACAUACAAUCAAGAACAACAACACCAACAACUACAAACUUUCGUCGAUCUUGGGCUCAACCACGGUCACCUUCCUAGCCAAUAUCCCCAUCUCCAAGCCCAAAACUUCAUACCAACCCACAAGCCCUUGGGUUACGAGUUCUCAAAUUUUCCAUCUGAAGACUCACCCGCCAUGGUUAAACAGCUAAUGUCGAACCAUGGCGAGUGUGACAGUGGAAGUUGUGAGAACCAACUUCAAGUUGGUUACCAAGCUUGUGAGCCGGGGUUGGAGGCUGGAACAUGUGAACCCGCGACUCAAAGCAUGGUUAAUGCAUCUGGAAACGAGUGGGGAAUGAUGGAUAGGCUCGUGACACCGCAUAUUAGUGCGGCCAACGAAGAUGGCGAUUCCUCGAAAAGGAUGGUAGGAUAUGAGAAUAACACAAAUGCAUCUUCUUCAUCAAUGCAACAAAUCAAUCAACUCUCGUUGCAUGGUGAGAUGGACUUUUGGCGCUACGGAAAGUAGUGGAAUAUACAUAUUUGUAUACUUAAUUUUCUUUUAAAACAUUUGAAUACAAGGAUUAGAGCUCUAAAUGAAGACGUUUCUAGUCCUAUAAGCUACCAAUACUUUCAUUGUUAAGAUUAAUUCUGUAUUUUACUCUAUAUAAUUAAUUUGACUAAGAAUUGAAUAUCGUAUGAUGUAUUUAUAUUUGGGAAAUUCAUCGAAA